UGUGAGUCUUUCAUUUUUAUGUGGACAUCUGUCGAGGUAUCUUCGCAUAUUCAAUGAAGUAGGGAUCUCCGUUUUAAUUCUGAUCUGCACAUCGAGCUCGCAAACGCUGCUGUCAAAUAUGCUCUAGAAUACCACAUUCUAAUGCUCAGAGCCUAAUACAGAAUUGGCAUCGAUCAGAUGUUGCAAGGGGAACCAGCUAUCCGAAAUCACCGAUGACAUCUGUCGGAAAUGCAGCGAGUCUCGCAGCUUCCAUUGCAGCUCGAUGAUUCCCACCAGGCAGAGCUCGCUCGGCAAUACCAGACUGUUGAAGACUUCGUGAAGGGGAGGCCGAGGACUCAGCUGCGAGCUGGUCAUGCCGCAGAUGCGGGGCAAGAGCAGGCACAGGAAGCCCUGCUCGAGUACGUGCGCUGCAACGUUGCCCCCGCUGUGCACACGGGAGCAUCACUUCUGGCAGCCCUGCGCAACACCAGGCUGCUGCCCACGGGCUGUGAAAGACAAGGGGCCGCUGAGGGGAGGGCUGCGGGAGGGGCACCACACAGAGGUUGCUGGGGAGAGCGGGUCUGGGAAGACACAGAUGUGCAUGCAGAUGGCGGCACAGACAACCCUGCGGCGCGAGCGGGUGAUCUACAUUGACACGGAUGGGUCCUUCAGCGGCAAGCGCUUUGCGGCCAUGCACGAGCGGCUGGCCGGGGGCGCCCCCGAGGCCGACCUGGUUGCCGCGCUGCGCUGCGUGGACCUGUUCCGCGUGCACGACCUGCACGGUAUGCUGCAGCUCCUCAGCGCCCUACACACCAAGCUCGAGGGCGCGUUUGAACCCAAAAAGCAGAAGGGGGACCAGGCUCAGCAGAGGACUUCCCUGCUGGUGAUAGACUCGCUGUCCUUCCUGGUGGCGCCCAUGCUGAGCAGCGCGGAGGUGAAUGGCCACGCCCUGAUGAUCUGCCUGGGGCGUGCCAUCAAGCAGCUGGCCCAGCGCUUCUCCCUCGUUGCACUCACCACCAACCAUCUCGUUGGAGGUGCGCGAGCCUCAUGCUGCAAUAUUUGCACGAUUGUGCUGUCGAUGCACUCUUGA